CCAGCAAAAUAAAAAAAAAAGUAUGACACAGACAGCUUGCCAACCGGUAAAGAUUUUGUAAGAAUCAGUUUACCGAUCUCUUCGUUACGUUUCGAUAUCCAAAACUACUGGGGUAGAACAGUGUAUAAUGGCAUAUGAAUAGAAAUAUAUAUGGGAUAGAAGGGAAAUUAGCUAAUGUAUCCUGGGGACAUUAGAUAAGAAUUAGAUAAGAGAGAAGAGUCUAGAAUCUACAGGAUCACUGUCGGCAACAGCACUGACCGCUGGAUUACUGAAUCACUUUUAACAGAACGGCAUGAGGAGUUUGCCAUAUUUUUUCCGGGGACCGGUUGUCCGCGGAUUCGGACGAGGAAGCAAAGACCUAGGCAUCCCAACAGCAAAUUUCCCAGAGUCAGUUGUGGACAGUCUCCCCACUGACAUCAGCACUGGCAUCUACUACGGUUGGGCACGUCUUGAUAAUGGAGAUAUUCACAAGAUGGUAAUGAGCAUUGGCUGGAACCCUUACUACAAAAACAAAAAAAAGUCCAUGGAAGCACAUGUGAUCCACACGUUUAAGGAAGAUUUCUAUGGUCAUAUAUUGAGUGUGGCUAUGGCUGGCUACAUUCGCCCUGAAAGGGGAUUUACAUCACUUGAUGAGCUAAUAACAGCAAUUCAUAAUGACAUUGAGGAAGCAAAGAAAAAGCUGGAUCUACCCGAGCACUUGAAACUGAAAGAGGAUAAUUUCUUCAAGACUUCAGUAUCCACAACAUCUAAUCAGAUCUUGAAUGGUCAACACUCACUUUUAUGAUCAUCUCUGUUUAUUGCUUGUUGUUUUUUUUUCAUACAAUUUUUUUCUCGUACAAAUAUUUUUUCCCUUUAUGGAGCAGACAGCAUAUAUCUACGUUCACAUAGAAUCAUCAGUAUGUGCUUUGUUUAUAAUUCUGUGUAUAAUGCUGUGUUUGUUUAUAAUUCAACAAGAAGGAUAUAAUAAUAAUAAUAAUAAUACAUUUAUUUUAUGCCUUUUUAAUAGGUAUUCCUCAAAGUGCUUUACAUACAAAUCAAGACAACAUACUUAAAAGAUAAUACAAUGAUAAAAGAAAAACAGUAAAAGAAGACAUUAAUUAAAAGCAAUUCUAAACAAAAAGUUUUAAAUAUUAAAAAAGAGUCAUUCCUAGGGUCAACUGGAACAGAAUUCCUGUGUCAGGGCAUAAUAAGAAAAAGCCCUGUUGCCCCUGGAUCACAGACACGUUUUAGGAACAACUAGGAGACCAUGCUGAGAAGAUUGCAAAAUUCUGAUAGUAGUGUUGGGUGUUAAAAGAUCAGCAAAAUAUUGCGGUGCAAGUUUAUGCAAAGCUUUCUAAGUUAAAAUUUAAAUCUAUGUGGUACUUCACAGGCAGCCAGUGCAAACUUCGGUAAUGUUGGGGAAAUAUGCUCAUCUACCCACUGCCCAGGUAAAAUGCUAUCUGCUGAAUUCUGCAGAUAUUGCAAUUUGUUAAGAGAUGAUUUGGAGACCCAGCAAGGAGAGCUUUGCAAUUGUCCAUUUGUGAAAAAAAACAAAAGAGAAUAGGACAACAUGGUGAAAAUAUGUGCAAUGUUCUUAAGAUGAAAGAAGGAGUUCUCAAAUGAUCUAAGAUGACAUUUUUUUCUUUUAUUUAGUAUGGAUCUCAAGGUUGAAACCAUCAAUUGUGAGAUCUAUAGAAGCUGCUUGACACAAUUGGUGGGGGGAACCAAGGAGCAUCACUUCAGUUUCAGAGCUGUUUAAACACAAAUAAUUGUUUGCCAUCCAUAACUUAAUUUCAGAAAUGCAGUUUGCCUAAAACCAUCCAUUAAACCAAAUGGACUAUGCCCUGAAAAGUAAAUGCCAAGGGCAUUUCCAGAUAUACCAAAGACAGAGUGAAAGAGCUUAAACAAGUUAACCACUUAAUGGUCAUGCAGUUGGGACAAAACCGUUUAUUGCAGUAUUUUUGCAAUAAGCGUAAGUUGUUAAAUUGGACGGAAAUUGAGAUUGUGUGGAUCACUGUUAUGCUUUUUUUUAAGAGAGGAAAACAGAAACUGGCACAAUACCAGACAGAGAACCAUUUAUUAUUGGAAGAACCACAGAGCAUAAAUAGCCAAAACAGGGUUUAAAUACAUUAGAAGGCAAGGGAUCAAGUAUGCAAGUGGAAUCCUUGUUAUGUGAUACCUGUGCACAAAGGAAGUUGGAAUUAACAAAGCUAAGGUUAAAAAUGGAUGUUUCAAAAAAAACUUUGUGUUUCUGUAAGACCUCUUUAAACAUGAUCUUAAAGUGCUUAGGAUAUCCUUACGGACAUUAAUGAUUUUUAAUCUAAAAAAAAGAUACAAAAAUCGCUACAUUUCUGAGCUCAUGUUGUGGGUGACUUACCAGUGUCAUCUUUCAAUAGACUGUUAAAUAUGUUGAACAUUUUUUUUCUAUGUAGGAUUUUUAUAAUUAUCAUCAUUAUCUGAGAAAAAUAGGAUGUUGCUGCCGAUCCAAUGCCCAUCUCAACUGAUCCAAAUAAAUUUUCCAAGCCUGUUAAAAGAGUGACAGACCAGAACAACCCCACUUACAAUCCAGUUUGCGACACUACACAUCUUCUUCAGAUGCAAUUUGUCAUUAAACCAAGGACAUGUGCAUGCAAAAGAAACAUUCUGAGUUUUAGUUGGAGCAAAAAUGUCCAAGUCAGUGUAUCAUUAAAGAAAAACAUUUUUGUUCAGAGGAAAAAGAGGAAAGGUCAUCUAAACUACUGAUUGAACAACAAAAAAUAUUUUUUUUGCACCUAUUUGCUGUCAGUUGCGAAAGGAAAGGAAAAGUGCAUAUAACAAACCUUAAUACAUAACACCUCUAGAUUGAGAACAAAAAAAAACUACAGAGUGAUUUUUUUUUUUUUAACAUUUAUUUAUUUUUCUGUCAAGAUGGAGUCUGUUGUCUUCUAUUUAGAGACUUUUAAAUGAAUAAAACAAUCAAACAAUAGUCAGAAUUAGCAUUUUGUCCUCUUUUAGGAAAAUGUAUUUAUUUAUUUAUUUUAGAAAUAAAACGACGAUUGAUGUAAAUGUGAGUAUAAUAAUGUAUGGUUGUCCUCAGCCAUUGUUUCAAUGUAAUCACUUAAAUUAAUCCUAAUGGAGUUAAAUGUUUAAUUAUGUACUGAAGCUCUAAAUAUCAAACAAUUGCCAUAUUCUUCAUUUGUGUUUGUACUAAUUCUUUAUGGAAAAUAACAACUGCCUUUUCUCCCUUUUACUCUGGUUGAAUUUACCAAGGGGGUGUUAAACUUUUUUCCUGAAUAGCCACAACACUGCAGUUUAAUGCCAACCCUUCUCAACAUGUUUUUCAAACAAGCCUGAAGGACUUAAUUUGUUUGAUAAUGUGUGUUUAAUUAAAGCAAUACUAUGUAGUUUUUCAACCUUAAUGUCUAAAAUUAUUUCAGUGGUUAAACAACUCAAACUGGAAAUAUUCUACUGCUGUUGCAACCAGAGCAGCCUCUUGUCACUCAAAAUCCCACUUGGAACUUUGUUUGGUUGUAGUUGGCCAACAGAUAACUAUAUGAUAAAAUAAUCUAAAAUGCAAUUCUAAGAAGAAAAAGAGAGAAAUGAAACCAAACAGGCGUCUACUUCUCUAGCUACGACACAGUUAUUUGAAUAAAGAGGUUCUGUUACUUUAUAGACUUCAUAAGCUUAGGCAGGGUUCCCACAGGUUAUGGCAUUUCUGGAAUAUCAUGAAAUUUUAAAGGUCCUUUUCAAAAUGUUGAGUUCAUAUUCAAGUCAUGGAGUUUUAUGUAUUUCUCAUACAUAAAAGUGAUAGUCAUGGCAUACCAGGGAAAUUGUAAUUUUAGGUUUACUGAACAUUUUUCAAUUUAUUUUUUCUAUACCAUGUUUUUUAUGACAUUGUUUCACAUAUUUUAUCUAUUGUUAUAGAUAAUGGUGUGAUGAGAUCUUUGGCUACGAGAUCUCGUGAGACUAAAUUGUGGUGAGAUAUCUCUUCGAGGUGAAAAGUCUCAUGAGUUGUGAUGUUAUGAUGGAGUGUGAAGGUGAAUUUGGCACUGAAGAGUCAGAAUUGGAUUUAAGCCGCACAUCAAGUGCUUUGCACACACCUGGCAACCUGGGGUGUUUACUCAUUUGCUUGGGUGCAUGUGAUGUAACUGAUUUUUUUUUUCACUGGAGUUCAAAGGUUGUCCUGUCCAAAAGCAAAGGCUGCUACAGCUCAUGACCAUGCGAUGGAAUAGCACUUUAGAUAUGCUUGAAGUCAUACUCGUUGCAAACGCAACUCAAAUUAAGAUAUGUGGAGUAUUCCUAUUUAAGUUGCAUUAUUGAAGUGCAGUACAGACAAGUUCAAACUUGUAAUCAAACUAUUACCGCAGUGUAGGACUUUUAGCAGCAUUUUGUGACAGGAUAAGCCAUAGUGUCAGGCUGUUUGACACUAAUCUCAAAAUUUGCUAAGUCAGUAAAGGACUACAGACACAAACAUCUCUAAGCGCACACACAUAGGGAAAUCCUGGAGACUUAACACACCUGUCAUCAUCAUCGAACACACUUUUAUGCUGUCUUUGAAAAGCCAACGUUUUCUUGUCAUUCGAUGUGCGCUCAAACUUCAUUAUAGCAACUCUCUUAUGUGAGUCCCUGCUUCAUACUCACAUUCAGUAGCUCAGAGUUCGUUGCAGGGGCAUGAAAUUUCGCAAAAUGAAAUUAAGACUGCUGAAAAUUACAUGAUCAUAUACAUAAUAAAAAAAAAGUUCAAUUUGUUGAAAAGAGGUUGAUUUCUCAUAUGAAAUUGUACAAGGGAUAAGCCAGUCAGUAUUUAUGGCAUCAUUCUUUAAAAUAGAAGUAAAAUAACAUUCAUUACAAGUUGAUAAAAAAACACCUACAUUUUUAUGCAGUUUGUGAUUUAAAGUUUUCCAUUCAUAUAUUAGCAAAUAUAUUGCUACUAUUUAAAAUUAUAUAUACAAUAUUUUCCAUUCAUAUAAUUUCAAAAUAUGUCCUUUACAGCAUAAAAUUUAUUAAAAAGAGUAAUUUAACAUUCUUAAGUUAAUUUUAAAAAAGCACCUAAAUAGUUGUUUUUUUCAGUUGAAUAAAAUACUAUUUUCCAUUUCGUGUUUACACCCAAUCUCUACUCUUGUCUCUUCUCGUGGAAUAAGCCUCUCGUCACACCCCCAAUAGUUAGGCUAUUUGUUUUUUGCUUUUUUUUUGCUGUUUUAUUCCUUUUUCACUUAUCAACCAUCAAUCAAAUGCAGUUACUCAUUUGUAUUUGUUAAUAUACUGUCUGUGGCUGUUUUGUCUGCUCGACCAGUACCUCCUGGAAUUUGCAGGAAAACAGUUGUAAUUAUUGCUGCCUAAAAUUACUUAAAACUACUUUACCUUGACAA